GUUGACGGUGUGAAGCGAGGAGAAGAGGAAACGCGCGGAGGGAAAGAAGUUAAAAUAUACCGGAGAUUGUAUUUUAAUUUCACGUUAAUCUCUAUUUUAAGACGUUUUCCAGGCUAAUAAUGACGUUUCUGACCUACGUGACUCUAAUGACAGCAGUCGCCAUGACACAAGUGUCUGCUACCUGCCCAGCUGUGUGUGAAUGCCCUGCGCAGCCCCCUGCUUGCCCUCCAGGCGUGAGCGCCGUGCCAGACAGCUGCGGCUGCUGCAAGGUGUGCGCCGCACAGCUUAAUGAAGACUGCAGCCACACGAAGCCCUGCGACCACCACAAAGGGCUGGAGUGCAAUUACGGCAACGACGUGACAGUGGCCUGGGGCGUCUGUCGAGCAAAAUCAGAGGGACGUACAUGCGAGUACAAUAACAGGAUCUACCAGAAUGGAGAGAUCUUCCAUGCAGGCUGCAAGCACCAGUGUUCCUGCAUAGACGGAGCCGUCGGCUGCACGUCGCUCUGCAGCAACAAGCUGCCUGCCGCUUCAGCGUCCUGCCCCUUCCCUCGACUGGUUCGGAUCCCGGGACGGUGCUGCUUCAGUGUGGACUGCCACAAGGACACCUGGCUUCUUCCAGCUAAGUACCAGAUCCCUCCUUUACAACAGCAUCUGCCCAGACCUCGGUCCCAUGCAGUCACUCAAGGGGCUCAGAAUGAGCUGAACCUGGAUGACGGCAUCACACACGUCAAGACAAACGGCUGGGAAAACCGACAGGGCUACAAACACAUGCCUGUGUGGGGCGCCACGAAGGAGAAAAAGUGUCCAGUCCAAACCACUGAGUGGUCCCAGUGCUCACGCAGCUGCGGCAUGGGCAUCUCCUCUCGCAUCACCAACGAGAACCUGCAGUGCAAACUGGAGAAGGAGACGAGAAUCUGCACCAUACGGCCGUGCCGCAGUCUGACCGUCCCAGCCAAGAAAGGUAAGCACUGCUCCCCGACGCAGAAAGCCCCAGAGCCCGUCCGCCUUUCCUACGGAGAAUGUCAAAGCGUUCGUCUCUACCGACCGAACUAUUGCGGUGUGUGUACAAACGGCCGCUGCUGCUCGCCGCGCCGUACGCGCACCGUGCCUGUGACCUUUGUCUGCCCGGACGGCGAGCGCUUCCGGAAGCCGACCAUGUUCAUCCAGUCGUGUAAAUGCAGCCGUGACUGUGGCCACCUCAACGAAGCGGCGCUGCCUCCACAGCACUGGAUGUACGGCGACACACACAAGUUCAUCGAUUAGCCUGGAUGUGAGGAUUGUCGUUUGGAAAAUCAGCUCAGAGGAGGAACCUUCCGAGACAAGGAGCCGCUUCUCUGCUUCUGCCUCCAAAAUGGAGAAGACAAAAGGCAAGAUGCACUGCCAGGAUUAUUAGUCAAUACCUGAAAGCAACCCACAUCGUUUAGUGCGACCGGAGUGGAUUGUACACUCGCCUGUUCUCGUUUAAGCCUGACGUGGGACCUGAAUUAAGAGCCCUGAAAUCCCCAUCCGUUCUGCACUCCGCGCUGAUUGCAGGUUUCAUUUAUGGAAGAUGAAACGCUUCGAUCGGCCAGGGGAGAAACUACACAAGCAACAAAGCACUUUACUUGGCAUGGACAUUUCUGACCGUCAUGCAGGGCCAGUGAAAGGGAAUCUUUAGUAUCGCUGGACGUCUAAUAACGCACUGACUACUCAGUGACAACCGAAGGAAAAUGACGUAGGCUGUUUUGUAUUUAAAUCUUCAAUGUCAUGCAUUAGGUGGAAAGGAAAAUCUGUAAAAAACAAACAUCAGCUGCUGUGCACACAGUGACUUGGUUUACUUGAAAACCUGAAGUCAGGUUAAAUAAGUCACUGUCUAAACUCCAAAGAAUUCAGCAUGAAAUGAACCAGCAAUGAGUGAGAUAAAUAAGAUUUCAUUCACAAAUAUCUGUUAUAUUAUACGACGGAGUAUUAGACCCACACUAAAAAUGAUGUAAAAAAUACAAUUAUGAGAAGUCGUAGUAUUAAGAUAAAGUCGUACACAAAUAGUCAUAAUGUCAGGAUAAAUAUGCUGUUUUAUAAGAAAUAAAAUUAAAUUCCUGU